AAAAAAAUUUUCCAAACACGUUGUGUCUAGGUACACGCUAAAAUGUACGCAAAUAAAAAAGUUAAACUUCAUCAAGCUAGUGACUAUUUAGCGUGGGCAGUGACUGUAUAUUUUGAUACACGCUAUUUUGAUAUGUUUAGUGUUUGUUUGAUAGAAAGAUAUUUGUUAUGACGUUUAAUUCUACCUAACUUUUUUAUUUGCGUACACGUUAGCAUAUACCUAGACACAACGUGUUUGGAAAAAUUUUGACGUUUUGACGUCGACGUCAUACUAUCACGGUCCAAUGGACGAGACCAACAAAAAAGACAAGUCAAGGCGUAACAAGGCCAGAACGUUAAAAUUUGGCAACAGUGAAUCGAAGGCCUAUACCUGUAAUGCUAAUGAAACAAAAUUGAUGCAAACGUUAUAAAAAAAAGAUAUAUGCCUGUAGAUGGGAUUUUGACAUUUUGCAACAUAACCAAAAAAAUUGCAAAUGUCAAAUGAUGUCAAUAAACCUUAGCAAAGCAAUAAACUAUAAACAAAAAUUGAAAUAAUUAAUAAACCAUAAUUAAACUGGCCAUUUCACACAUUUCACUUUUUGGGUGUAAAAUUACUAUUUGAAUACAUAAAAUCAAGUGUAGUCAAAUGGAAAUGGAAGUGAAACAGGAAAUUAGCGAGAAAACAUGUCAGAUUGAAGAAAUAGAGUAUAAUGAUGGUCUCUUGAAUGGCUUUAAAUGCGAAAUUCAGGAGGAAUCCAAUAGGCAAAGUACUCAUGGCACAGAUGAUUCUUUAGGCUUGAAGAAAUAUCCCAUAGAUACAGAAAUAGAACAACAUGGAAAUAGCCUUAUCCCAUUUGAAGAAAACCAAAAAACUGAAAUAGGUUAUCUCCAAGAUGAAACCAAAGUGGACAUUAUGAAGAAACUCAUUGAAGAUUCAUCUUACGAAGGAAAUGAUAAGAGUCAACGCACUGAAGGAAAAACUUUAAAUAAAAAUGUGAAAGUUGUAACUGGAAAAAGACUUUAUAAAUGUGAGAUUUGUCUCAAGCAAAUCGUAGCAAGUAAUUUGAAAACACAUUUGAGAGUGCACACUGGGGAAAAACCUUACAAGUGUGAAAUUUGUUUUAAACAGUUCAGCCAAACUGGUACUUUAAAACAUCAUUUGAGAGUGCACACUAGGGAAAAACGUUACAAGUGUGAGAUUUGUUUUAAACAGUUCAGCACAGAAAGUACUUUGAAAAGGCAUUUGAGAGUGCACAUUGGGGAAAAACCUCAUAAGUGUGAAAUUUGUUUUAAGCCGUUUACUAGAGCAGAUCUGUUGAAAGUACAUUUGAGAGUGCACACUGGAGAAACACCUUAUCAGUGUGAGAUAUGCUUUACUCGGUUUAAUCAUAAAUUUCAAUUAACUUCUCACGUGUCAGUUCACACUGGAGAAAAACCUCACAAGUGUGAAAUUUGUUUUAAGCAGUUUAGACAAGCAGGUAAUUUGAAAACACAUUUGAGAGUGCACUCUGGGGUAAAACCUUACAAGUGUGAGAUUUGUUUUAAGCAGUUUAGUGAAGCAAGUACUAUGAAAACACAUUUGAGAGUGCACACUGGAGAAAAACCUUAUCAAUGUGAGAUAUGUUUUAAUCGGUUUGCUCAAAACUAUCAAUUAAUUUCUCACAUGUCAGUUCACACUGGAGAAAAACUUCACAUGUGUGAAAUUUGUUUAAAACAGUUUAGUAGAGCAGUCGAUUUGACAAGACAUUUGAGAGUGCACACUGGGGAAAAACCUUAUCAGUGUGAAAUUUGUUUUAAACAAUUUAGCCUAACAAGUAAUUUGAACCUACAUUUGAGAGUGCACAUUGGGGAAAAAUCUCACAAGUGUGAAAUUUGUUUAAAACAGUUUAUUAGAGCAGUGGAUUUGAAAAGACAUUUGAGAGUGCACACUGGGGAAAAACCUUACAGGUGUGAAAUUUGUUUUAAGGAAUUUAGUGAAGCAUCUAGUUUAAAAACACAUUUGAGAGUGCACACUGGGGAAAAACCUUACAAGUGUGAAAUUUGUUUUAAGGAAUUUAGUGAAGCAUCUGGUUUAAAAACACAUUUGAGAGUGCACAAUGGAGAAAAACCUUACAAGUGUGAGAUUUGUUUUAAGCAGUUUAGCGUAGCGAGUACUGUGAAAACACAUUUAAGACUGCACACUGAGGAAAAACCUCAUAAGUGUGAAAUUUGUUUUAAAGAAUUUUCUCUAUCAAAAAACUUAAAAAGACAUUUGAGAGUGCACACUGUGGAAAAACCUCACAAGUGUGAAAUUUGUUUUAAGCCGUUUAGUAGAGCAGAUCAGUUGAAAGUACAUUUGAGAGUGCACAGUGGAGAAACACCUUAUCAGUUGUAACAUUUGAAAAAACCUAUAGGUAUUAUGCUUUUACGACCCAUCUCCAAAAAUAUCUAUUUUUCUAAUUCAUUUUCGUGAAGUUAAUUAUGUCGUAAAUAUUUUAAAAUCCGUCCUGUAAGAACAUUCCACUGCCACAACACAUAUUUUCAAAGUGUGAGUGACCUUCGGAGUUCUUUGCAGUGUCCGGAGAUACAUGGUAGCUCGGACAAACAUAAGUUUGGGAAUAUGAUUCAUAACUCGAUGAUGCGCAGUGGUUCUUGUUUACUAGCGUUACCAUGGAAACGGCCAGUUUGCUAAUCGCCAGUGUCGUAGUUAGAAGUGCAUUACAUAUCGCAGAGAGUGUUUAACGAUUUGAUCGUGUUGGAUAUUUUAUUAAUAGUUUUUAGCUUAGUGUUUGGUAUAUUAAUAGUAGUAAUUAGUGUAUUAUUAAGACAUUUAGUGUAUCUCUAGUGUGUUAAGUUUAGUGAUUAGUUAUUUAACAAUAUGCCUCAUAAAAAGAUAGGAAUCAAAGGGCUGGGAUUGAAUAGCCAAGCAAAGGUAAUCAUUUAUAAUGUUACUACAUUUAUGGAACAAGAGGCAGCACAUUUCAAAACAACCGAAAACCUGUUAAUACCUUUAAGUAAAUCGACGUAAGAAUUGUUAAAGUUAACAAAUUAUCUCGAACAAAUUACAGGGGGAGAAAAACCGAAUACAAUAGGAGUGCCCUAAUGGAAAGUUAUGACAUUCGUUUAAAACGAACAGAGUAUUUAAAGCAGCUGAUUAAAUUUCGAUCUGAGGGUAGAAACAUAAUUUAUACUGAUGAAACUUAUACAGGGUGUUUAAUAAAGAAUGGGCCAUAGCUUAACCUCAGGUUCUUGAGGUUAAAAUAGGC